CUCCUCUCCCCAGCGAAUUUGUCUCAUUAUUCUUGCUUCCCUCUCUCCCUUAUAGCACUGUUCCCUCCAUCAGAGAAUCGGAGAUCAAAACCCAUUGCCCCAUUCUUCUCUGGAAUCGCUUUUCUUGUUAGUAAUUGCAUUCCAUUAAGUGGGGCAUUCUGAGUUCUUGGUUUGAUUCCGAUUCUUUCUUCUCAAGAGCAGAGGGUACGUAUUUGAAGACUUGAUCGAAGAUGUUGGGGAGCUUGCUUACCAGGGUUCUCAUUAUGUCUUUUGGGUAUGCAUACCCUGCAUUUGAGUGCUACAAAAUCGUGGAGAAGAACAGAGUUGAGAUUGAAGAACUCCGGUUUUGGUGUCAAUACUGGAUUAUUGUGGCAAUGCUCACAGUUCUUGAAAGGCUAGGAGAUGUAUUCGUUUCAUGGCUGCCCAUGUAUGGUGAGGCGAAGGUCGCCCUAUUCAUCUAUCUUUGGUAUCCAAAAACCAGGGGAACUGGGUACAUAUACAGGACCCUAUUGAGGCCUUAUGUAUCAAAGCACGAAACAGACAUUGACAGGAAAAUAGCAGAGAUGAGAGCAAGGGUGUGGGAUCUCACCGUUUUCUACUGGCAGAACUUCGCCCAUUACGGGCAGACAGCUUUCUUCCAAUUCCUUGGCUACAUGGCUGCUCAAUCCUCCAAAAUGACCAAAACCGCGGCCGAGCCGGUAAAUGAGCAGUCGAAUGGCGCCGCUGGGAAAGAUGAGUGAUUAAUAUAGACAGGAAUUGUUAGCACAAAAACUGUACAGAUCCCUCAAAGUGGGUCAAGAACUGUGUCUAUGGAAAACUCAAAUACAUAUUCAAUUCAAAUUCAUUCAUUCUCCACUAAAUGUUGGCAAA